UUUUGGGAAGAGGUGAUUUCAACAGUGGCCAGGUGGGACGCCUCUCUCCCCCUUUCAUUCGGUUUAUUUAUUAUUGUUUGGGGUGUUUUCUUUUUUUAAUUCCUGUUUUGCUCGGUCCGGGGAGUUUCGCCCCCCCUGCCUGUCUCCGCGGCGCGGAGGAUGGUGUGGAAAUGGCUGGGCGCGUUGGUGGUGUUCCCUCUGCAGAUGAUCUAUCUGGUGGCCAAAGCAGCCGUCGGACUGGUGCUGCCCGCCAAGCUUCGGGACCUGUCGCGGGAGAACGUCCUCAUCACCGGCGGCGGGAGAGGCAUCGGACGCCAGCUCGCUCGCGAGUUCGCAGAACGCGGCGCCAGAAAGAUCGUUCUCUGGGGCCGGACUGAGAAAUGCCUGAAAGAGACGACAGAGGAGAUUCGGCAGAUGGGCACCGAGUGCCACUACUUCAUCUGUGAUGUAGGCAACCGGGAGGAGGUAUACCAGACGGCCAAAGCUGUCCGGGAGAAGGUGGGCGACAUCACCAUCCUGGUGAACAAUGCUGCCGUGGUCCACGGGAAGAGCCUGAUGGACAGUGACGAUGACGCCCUUCUCAAGUCCCAGCACAUCAACACCCUGGGCCAGUUCUGGACCACCAAGGCCUUCCUGCCACGCAUGCUGGAGCUGCAGAACGGCCACAUCGUGUGUCUCAACUCCGUGCUGGCGCUGUCUGCCAUCCCUGGUGCCAUCGACUACUGCACGUCCAAAGCCUCGGCCUUCGCCUUCAUGGAGAGCCUGACCCUGGGGCUGCUGGACUGUCCAGGAGUCAGUGCCACCACCGUGCUGCCCUUCCACACCAGCACCGAGAUGUUCCAGGGUAUGAGGGUCAGGUUCCCCAACCUCUUCCCCCCGCUGAAGCCGGAGACUGUGGCCCGGAGGACGGUGGAAGCCGUGCAGCUGAAUCAGGCCCUCCUCCUUCUCCCGUGGACGAUGCAUGCCCUCAUUAUCUUGAAAAGCAUACUACCACAGGCUGCACUGGAGGAGAUCCACAAAUUCUCAGGAACCUAUACCUGCAUGAACACUUUCAAAGGGAGGACAUAAAGGCAGGAUGCAGAGACAUGCUUGAAAGCCACGGAACCUGAGGGGCCCACGGCACGUGGGCACACCCCCAUGCGCCUGUCCCUUGGCACACUUCUGCUGGGUGAGUGGGACUGUUCCUGUCCCCAGGAAGAAUCCGGGUGAACCCCCAGGCCAGCCCCAGGACCUUUGCACAGGACUGAUGGGCGUAACUCUGACCCCCAUGGGGAGGCAAGAAACCAGCCAGCAGCCACCUUGACACUUUCAUACAUGUCUAAUUCUGUAGAGUUUAUUGUUAAAUUGCUUCUCGAGUCUAACCAGCCUUAGCAGUGUGUUUAGACUGUUUCCAGGAGGGUCUAUACCCAGAUGCUCUUUUCUUUGCAAAAUCCACCCAUCCUCAGCUUGUGCAAACUGGUUGUAUGGCAGGAAUGAUAAAUAAAGACAUGGUUUUUGCGA